AUGACUCUUCUCAUGUAUAGUGGGCCGGAGAGGAAGAGGAGUCGGGAGUUGGACAGGCAAGAGACGUUAAGGAUUGACGCGCUGGAGAAGAAGGCGAAAGCGACCAAGAAGUGGAUUCAUCCCAAUCUCAGAUUCGAAGAGAUUGCCAAAAACAAGACACCGCAACCCUGCUCCUUGAACGACUUCAUGGACUACUUAGUCUAUGUCGAACACAAAGCCGAAACACUCCAGUUCUUUCUCUGGUAUUGUGAUUACGUUAAGAGAUGGAUGGCACUAUCGUCCAAGAAGAAGUCCAUGGCGGAAAAAUGGGACCCGGAAAACAAGCGCCCUGUCACAUCGCAUAGCCGCAACGGUAGUCUGAAGGAGAAAGUCAAGCUGGGAGCCAUACUCGACCUUCUAGAUGCUACCGAGAAAUCGGAUAGUACUCUUGCACCGGAGAGGACCCACCGCAGCAACCCAUCUGCCACCAAUUUCUCUUUGCCUAGGUCGCCUGGGCCCGUGGCUAUGGAGAAGACGGACGAGGAGGAAGAGGGCCGGAACUGGGAACCUUUCAGCGCUCAGCCUUACAGAGACGAGAUCAAUCAAAUCAUUCGCCACUACGUCAUGACUGGGUCGCCACGACAGCUUCAACUCUCAGCCACCGACCGAGCAGCCUGUAUACAUGCGGCCGAGCACACUACACAUCCAUCAGCUCUGCUUCCAGCCUUUAUAAGUGCCGAGGCCAUGCUUCGGGGAGAGCUCCACCCCAAUUUCAUCAGCUGGAGCAUUUGCAACGUGAACCGACCACUCCUCGUGCUCAUCAGAGUUCUCAACACAUUCAUGCUACUCGCGGCGAUCGGGCUCAGCGUUCUCUUCAUGAUAAUGGACUGGCCAAAACCCUUGCGCGCCGUUACCGGUCCGCUAUGGGUUAUGGGAUUCUGCGGCUUGGUAGCCUCAGCAAGCGGCAUGUGCAUGUUCUUGCACUUUAAGAACAGAAAGCAGCUCCGGCCGUGGGAACAGCCGACGGACAUUGAGACUGAGAGCUUCCGCAGAUCCAAGAGACAUCUUCGAAAGAAUACGGCCGACUCGGUCAUGAGCUUCGUUGACCCGCUUCGGAAGGAGUCCCUGCAGACAUUCGGUCCCAGGAAUGACUUUUCUGAAGAGGAUUGGGUCGCGACGUAUGAUAAGAAGUCGUGGGUCUCGAAGAUUUUCGACCCGACUGUACCGAUUGAGAAUAGGCAUGUAAUUGUGCUUCAAGAUGGGGUGAUUGCGGGUUCUAUUCUCUGGGGAACACUCCUUGGGGUUGCGGUCACCGCUGGUUUGGUCUUUUUGCCGUCACUCAAGGAGAUACUGCGGUGA